UAAUUAGCUUUAUGCUAAUCCAAAAUUCUUGAAUCAGAUUCAACAUUCAAGAACGAAGAAAACUUUAGCAGAGUAAUUUUCAUGGCAGAAUCGAAACCAAACCCUACAAACUCUCCAUCAGAAAAGGAUGUUAAAGCCCCAAAUAUAUUUGAAAGAGCAAAGGAAGAGAUUGAGGAAAUAUUUCAUAUUCCACAACAUCAUAAAGAAACUCAUGGAACAAGUGAUGACAUUGAUGAGAGUACCCCCAUAGAUGAAGUCAAAGCACCUGGUGUAUUUGAACGAGUUAAGGAAGAGAUCGAGGCCAUUGUUGAAGCAAUUCAUCCUAAGAAGGAUGAGAAUCACAAGCAUCCUCCUAAUGGAGAAAUCAAGUAGGUUUCUGCAAAUAUGAUUUUUGUGGGAUUGAAUAAUGGAAAUUGAUGUUGUAUUCUUGACUAUUUUCAAUUGCUUACUUCCUAUGUAUUUUUGCUGCAAUUUGCUUAUCUAGAUGAACUUGGGCAUGGUGUAAUAUGUAUCAUUUGUUCUACUGGUUAUCUUGAAAUUGAAAAACUGUAAUUUGUCUCUCUUUUUAAUGGUUGUUAAAUUUGGAUUCAAAAA